GGGCUUUACAUCUUCUACAGGUUUUCUACACUGUUAACCUAUUGACCUGCAAUCUCUUAUCCAUAUCUCUCUAUACAAUAUCUAUGUCCGUCGUUCAACAAUAUCCCCCUGAACUUAUUUCUACUAUAUGUGCUCACAUAUUCGCUGCUGGCACACCUGCCCCAACCUCGUCCCUAGACCCGCUAGUGCUCGGUGAAUAUGGUGCCCCCACCGCUCUGCCUUCUUCCAUGCCUCCAGGCAAUUGGUCGGAGCCUGUGGUGCGCAAAACCCUAUCCAACCUGUGUCUCGUAAAUCAUACUUGGUAUGACGCAGCAAAGCCUUGGCUGUGGCAGAAGGUUGAAGUCCGACUCCCCAGAAGCUGGCUCUCCUUAGUGGAUGAGAUAGCUGAGGUAGACGAUGAGCAAGAAGCCGAAGAAAAGGCAGCUUUGGCUGUGGAGCAAUCCAUACAAGCCGCUGCAAAUGCUGCUAUGGGGACUAGUGCAUUAAUUGGCCCUGUACUGGACCAGGACGCGGCAAUGAAGCUUAGGGCGUCAAUAAUGGAGUCACUGGGUGGCCCAGACGGCUCCAUUCCCCCAGAAUUGCUUACCCCUCCCGCUUCGCGUGACCCUAGCCCGAGACGUCUGAGGACUAAGAGUAAAAGUCCUGCACGGUGGAAAAUCAUGCGAUCCAUUAGCGUCGCUGUUCAGGAUGUCAUGGACCGCAGUGAGCCAGGGUACUAUGUACCGACGCCACAUGAUCCUCGUCCGGGUCGAUUUGUGCGUCACCUUGAUUUCAAUCAUUUCCGAACCAUUGGAAUGCGCCGUUCAGUUGAGGAAGGUGUUAACAGUCGCUUUGUAACUGGUGAUCGUAUCGAAGCUCUAUUGAAGGAAUUACCAAAUCUCACUUCGUUUGGAGCUACUGAGUAUAUGGAUGGUUCCCUGACAUUGCCUGUUUUGAACGAGCUGUUCCUUCGUGGUGCACCUUCACGAGGCCGUGGUCGUCCUACGCGUGGUAGAGGGCUUAUGGUGGUCGACCCUCAGGAUCCCGACGAAGAAGAUCGUGAAAGGAGGAGGGACUGCAAAGAUCUCGAAUCAAUAGACCUCACAGGCUGUGUCAGUGCGGUCUUCGUAGGCGCACUCACAGAAUUUGUUAACACUCAUUUACUUUCUGGUGGCGAUUCCGACGAAAAUGAUCAUAGGGAGGGUAGACGCGCUCGGUCUCCCCGCUUCGUACCAGAUGACUCGUUAAGCUUCCCCGGUUUACAGCGUCUGGGUCUUCGGGGUGUAAAAUCCAUUCAGCCUCACAUUCUUACUCCAUUCGUACUAGCCUUCCCAUCGCUCACGCACCUUGAUCUAUCAGGAACACGUGCAACGCCCGAUUUACUCGCUGCCCUUGCCACGUCUCCUGUAAGGCUGCGUUCACUUGCACUUGCUCGAUGCAUUCGUCUCACAGGAGAAAGUAUCAAAAAUUUCUUGAUUCAUGCGCCUGCAGCUAGUCAAAUACAGGAACUCACGUUGUAUGGCGACCGGACAUUCCCUACCUCUUUGUCAGAGGAUGACCUUCAGGAGAUGUUUGCAUUUGCGCCUUGCCUCACGAAUGGUGAUCUAUUGUAUCUCGAUUUGUCUAGCGCACCUGUCACAAGGCCGUUACUGCUGGACAUAUGUAAGCCGCAGCCUAACCUGCGCUCAUUGGGCCUUUCGUACAUUUCGGAUCUUGAUUUGGGUGCUGUUAGCCAAUUUAUCAAGACUAAAGCCACAAACGUGGAAGUAUUGACUAUAGUUUCGACCUCUCCUGAAUUAGAGUGGGGAAGAGCAGGUGCUGGCAUGGGAGCGCCAAGGAGUUCUGCGCGUCAGGCCUCCAUCGCGUUGCAUACACAACUUAUUCGGCCACUCUGCACGCCACCCUUCUCCACUUCCAAGACAUUGCCAACACCUACGCGUCUUCGCGUCAUCGAACUCUCGGUACCCAUGUUGGGCGGUUUGGGUGCUGGGGCUGGUUCUUGGAGAAUUGUUAGAAGUAAAGGUGGUAGAGGGUGGUACGUUGACACAGCCAGUGGGUGGAUUGGAGGAGAGCUGAGGAGAGAUUUGAGAUCUGACCACCCCCUACGACUGGAAAUUGAAAGACUCGCAGACGCCAAUGGAAAUGUAAGUAGUGGUGUCGGGUGGCACGCUAGGAAAAUGGAGGUGCUGCAUGGCUAUGGCAUGCUUGGUCGCGAAGACGGACUAUACGGGGCUGUUUCCUUCGCAUACCAAGGUGCCUUUGGAUUCGCGCAUAUCUUGUAAAUGAGGG